AUGAAUAAUGAUGAGAAUAUAGGCCUAAUCCGAUCUUUUGCAACUCAAAAUGGCAUCCUUCCUCGAAGACAAUCAAAGAAGAAAUUUCAGGUCAUUUCAAGUUUGUUUAACUACAAUCCAGAAAUACCCACAUUACUGGCAAGUAAUGAAUCAUCCAGUGCAGAUGGGACAUCAUGUGAAAAUGUUUUUUCUGCUGAAAAAUUUAGUGACUUAGAUGUUUCUCCUUUCAUGAUUUCCAAUCUUGAAAAUAAUUUGAAACUCACCACCAUGACAAGUGUUCAAAAAGCUGCCAUUCCCCUGUUAAUCGAAGGAAGGGAUGUUUUUGUGAAAUCGAAAACAGGAACAGGAAAAACUCUCACUUAUGCAGUGCCUGUGAUACACUCACUACAGAGUAUCACUCCAAAAAUUUCUAGAAGUGAUGGUCCUUAUGCAGUGAUCUUGGUCCCCACAAGAGAGCUUGCCAUACAAAGCUUCAAUGUGCUGCAGAGACUUGUAAAGCCAUUUCAGUGGGUUGUGCCAGGAGUAGUCACUGGAGGAGAAAAACGAAAAUCGGAGAAAGCCAGAUUAAGAAAAGGUGUUAAUGUUCUUGUCGCAACUCCGGGAAGACUACUGGAUCAUAUUGAAAAAACCAAAAGUUUGGAGUUGAAGAGACUUCGGUGGAUCAUCCUCGAUGAAGCCGACAGGUUGUUAGACCUCGGUUUUGAAAAGGACGUGUCAUCCAUUCUGACUGCUGUUAAGGAUUCUCUACUUAGCGGUGUAAGAUGUCAGACUGUUCUGCUUUCCGCAACACUCAAUGAAGGAGUUGAAAGACUGGCGGGAAUUAGCCUUUACAAUCCUCUAUCUAUUGAUGUUACGACAGAGGAUGGAGGCGGCGAAAACAAAGAGGCAAGUAACGCACAGAGCUCAAGUGAUGUCAGUUUUACAACUCCUCAACAAUUGAAACAAUUCUUCAUUAUCGUUCCCAGCAAACUGCGCUUAGUGACAUUAGCAGCGUUUUUGCUGUGGAAAAACCAGCAAGAGGAAUCAACUGCCACGAAGAUGAUUGUUUUUAUGUCAAGCCGGGACUCAGUGGAUUUUCACUGCGACCUUUUUGAGAAGUCUUUUUCUUCUGUGGCCAAGUUACGCCUUGUAUUCUUUAAACUUCAUGGAAGCAUGUCUCAGUCGGAAAGGACUUCCGUGUUCAAAAGUUUCAGUGGCGCAACAAGAGGGAUUCUGUUUUGUACAGAUGUGGCAGCAAGAGGAUUGGAUUUGCCUCAUGUCAAUUGGAUACUUCAGUACAAUACUCCAGGGAACCCAGCAGACUACGUGCACAGGGUUGGUCGAACGGCAAGAAUCGGACUGAAAGGGAAUGCCCUCCUUUUUUUAACUCCCGCAGAGGUCGAGUACUUGGACAUUUUGAAACAGCAUGGAAUCAGUCCAGAAGAACUGCUCGUUAACGACGUCCUUAAAACGCUCGCAGUAUCCUCAGGAGACGCGAAGCUGAAGACAGCGAAGUAUGUUGAUCAAAAAGCUCAGGAAUCAGCUACUGAAUUACAGAAUUCAUUCGAGGACUAUGUUCUUUCGAAUGAUCUCUGUUUGAAAGCUGCCAAGACAGCAUACCAGUCUUUUGUCAGAGCCUAUGCUACAUACCCCAGCAAUCUAAAACACAUCUUUCAUGUGAAGAAUCUUCACCUGGGACAUGUCGCGAAAAGUUUUGGCCUCAGAGAGGCACCAAAAGAAUUGUUUCAAUCCAAGAAGCAACCUAGAGCACAAAAGCGGAAAAGGGGUGGGGAGAAGAAAUCGGUGAAGGCGAAGAAGAGGAUAACAGAGUAUUCAUCAGAUACGGAACUAAAUGGACCUUUAACAAAGAAACGAAAGAAGACGAAGAACAAAUCGUAGUGAACUGUAAUUUAUUUCGUUUUGUUAUCUCUUUGUUUACUGCGCUGAAAAUUUACUAACGAAAGGAAGCGAAUAUGGAUAUGAAUAACACAAUGUUGUCAAUGGCAAUAAAAUUUAAUAAAACAUGGUAUAUUUUUUAA